AUGUACACAUCCGCGUACCUUGAGAAUGAUGCGCUGGUAUUCAGGAAGCUCUUUGCAGACGGUAGUGACGCGGUUUUUCUCUACAACUGCUGCGGGGUUCGUGGCAUUGACGCGCUAGCGGAGGCGUUUGAGUUGAUUGUUCUUUUGUUCUUUACUAUGCUCUUCUUUGUCUGUGUGGCCUGUGCUUGUUUCUCGCUGUGGCGUGAUACCGCGCUUCUUACCGUCUCCUGUUUUCUCAGGAUCUGCGAGACCCUCCUAGAGUCGGGGCGGCAAGAGGCUUACUUGAACUUGCAAGCUCCUUGCUCUGUUGAGGGGGCAAAGACGAGAAGAAAUGUAACACGUCACUUCCGUAGUCUUUUGGGAAACUGCUCAGUCACUGGCAUUCCAAACCAUGGUGUGCGUCAUCUUGCGGUCAUUAUGGAUGGAAACCGUCGGUUUGGUAGGCGCACAUCUAUGAAUGAUGUCCCUGUCGAUGCUUUAACAACACUGUGCGAUUGUAUUUUGGACGGAACUGGUCCGCCGAAGCCGAUUAAUGAGUGGCGCACAGCCCUUGUCUCACUUCUUCGAUACACUGCGUUGGACGGUCACCGCCGUGGCGGCGAAAAACUUAUAGAAUUCAUUGAUGACUGUCUGGAGUUUAACAUUCAAAUGCUUACGGUGUAUGCAUUUUCCACUGAAAACUGGGAGAGAACAUCACUUGAGGUGAAUGUGCUCAUGGCUUUGUUUUAUUUUUUCUUUGAGCGCAUACAGGAUUCUGCGAGAAGGAAAGGAAUUUUUAUUCGGUUUAUUUCUCCAGUUUUUGACAAAAUUUCGCCCCGUCUUCGGGAGCUUAUGCGGCGUGUGGAGGAAGAAUCCCGUAGACACCACCCUCGUCGCAUUGUUGUUAAUGUGUGUGUUAGUUAUAGUGGACGAGAAGAAGUUCUUUGGACAUGUAAUAGAUUGCUGCAGCGGGUGAAUAAGUCUGUACCAAUAACAAAUUCCGAGUUCAUGAGUCAUAUGCUUCGCAGUAUCACGCAGGAGUGGCAUGAAGUGGAGGACGCCACAGUCCUCGCGGAUAGAGGCGGAGCAGAACCGCAAGUUUUACUACGCACAAGUGGGGAGCAGAGGUUGAGUAAUUUUUUGCUGUAUGAGUGCGCCUACACGGAGUUUGUUUUCAUAGACAAGACAUGGCCGGAGGUUGACAGGGAAGAUCUUAUUCAACUUCUCUUGGACUACAGUCGGCGCGGUAGGCGUCAUGGAAAAUAA